AUCCAGCAAUGAGGUACGUCCCCCCCCCCCCUCAGCUCUGUAUAUACAGCUCAGAUUGGCAGGACUACUAUACUUUGACGUUUGUUAUAAACAGGCCAACAAGGACUUCGUCUUCAAGACCAGUUGCUAUACCAACAUGGAAUUUGCUACCAUCAAGUUUGAGAAAUGAAACUAGUUUUUCAAAAUUGAAGAUAGAAGUUCCUAAAGGCCUUUAAUGAUAUUCCAAAUUAUACUCCUUAGACCUUACCAUAAUAUUUAGAUUGUAUGUAAAUAUUUAUGAUAUUGGACAUUCCUGAUUAAAUAUUUUCUUCAUUCAUUCAUUUUCUUCCCCGCUACUCGUGCAUUGAGAACUGUAUGCACAUCAUUCUACAUAGAUUUGUGCUCUCCUAAAGUAAACGCCCUUUGGUUACCUUAAGUCAGUUGUAUUUUCCAAACCGGAUCUUUUCUUUUCGACGUAAAGGUUCAAUAAACUGUUCAAAACCCGAGAAAAAUGGUCGUUGGAGGAUAUACAACCUUACUUGGCGUAAGUAUCCAAAACAUUAUUUCCACUGGGUAGCUCUUUCAGUUCUAAACUGUUCUCAAGGAUCAUCCCUUAUUGAUCCAGUGUUAUGACAGCUCUGAACGAUUUCUCUUCGUGGUUCAAUAAGAACCAUCCCUGGUUUUGUAUAGCGACUACCAAAGGAAACUUGUGAGUUGUGGUGUUUGGUAAAAUCAAACUGGACGCACUCUUCUGAGGCGAAGUUAUAAUCAAACAACCGAACCCAGCUGACAGAGGCCCAUGCCAAAGGCCCGUUUACAUGGACCGGUACGACAAACUUACAACUUAUUCCCCUUGCCAGGCAAUUUUUUUUCUUAGGUGGCUUUCGCCUUUUGUUAGCAUGUGUUGUCCCAAUGUCAAGGUUACAGCCGAAACCGAUCUGAAAUGUAUUUGUGUUUACAUUCAUCCCAGUUCUGAAUUCAUGCUGGUCUGAAGUGAGUCGGCUCGGUCCAGCAGGCGGAAUUACUUGAGACCAGUCUGAGUUAUUUUCGUCCUGGUCUCAUGUAAACAUCUAUUAUAAAUAAUACUAUGACCGAAACGAAAUGGUCCCGGUCUCAUGUAAACGGGGCAUUAACAUCUUACCUCCCUUUAGUGACUUGGAAUCGCCUGGUCAAUCGUUGAAAGCUUUAUUACUUAAGUUUGCUCGCUGUUCAACGGAUGGUGCUGGAAACAAAGUUUACAACUCAAAAAGACCGCUAAACUGA